GCUCCGGGAUUUCCGUUUUCGUCAGCGCGAAAGAAUACAGAAGUUUGUGCCACUGGUCGUACUUGAGCGGUUCCGCUCUCCGCGCAAAAUGGCAGAGUAAAGGCUUGCGAUAAAGCAGCUGCAAACGCAACAGUGCAGCGGUGCCGUGCACUGUCUUACAUAUUUCGCAAAAUGGCGUCCCUCAAGGCAACCCUCUUCCCUGCUGCAGUCGACAGCAUAGCAGAAUCGUUCGACUUGCUAUCAUCAGCAGACUCCCCUUUUCCCUUCCAAACUUUGUUACUGCACCUCAGUGUCUCACUGACCCCUGUAAUUGGCAGCUAUGUCCCUGAGUUUGCAACUGGGUUCGGAGAACAUGGUGGGCCUUCUCUUGGGGUCCCCAUUUCUGACGGCUGACCCCUUGGACCCCCUGCUGGACAAAGAUGAAGAGAGGUCUUUCUCAGAGGGGUCCACUUCUCCCCUCUCUUUCUCCUCUUAUGCUGAUUCCACUUCUACACUCCCAUCUCUCUCCCCUCCCUCUUCACCACCCUGCCUACUUGACUCAAAGCCAGUGAAUGACCUUCUGCCUCUGUCAUGGCUGGAUGCUCCUCUGAGUACAGAUGGUGGCCAAGAGGAUGCAUUUUCCAGCAUGGAUUGGAUGGCGGAGAAGAUUGACCUGAGCGAGUUUGACCUGGAGUCCUUCUUUGGCUCCUGUGAGUCAGAUGACUCCCCCAGCUCUCCAGAGGAUCUCAUCACUUCCCUGGAAUCUGACAUGGGCUUGGACCCUCUGCAGUUCCCCACCCCUGCAGCCCAAGUUCCCAGUGAAGAGCUGGACCUCAUGCUCCCAGGGCUCUCCCAUUUGUCCAAUGAGCAUGAGGUGGAUGUCAAGUCUGAACCACCUUCCCCAGUCCCAUCUCCCACAUCCUCUCCUGGCCCUUCUUUCUCCACUACUUUCACACUAGAGCUUGGCAGUGAGGUGGAGGUCUUGGAAGGUGGGAAAUCGGCACCUGCCGAGAGUGUGCCUGGCCCUCAGAUUGUUCUGUCCUUUCCAGGUUCCCAGAUCUUCCUUCUUGUUUCCCCCAAGGAAGAAGCAGACACAGUACCAGCUGUUGUUCCAUCCAGUUUUGAUGACCAGUUGGAUAGUGACAGCAGCCUGAGCUCUGAUCCUCCUUCCCCAGGAAGGCAGUUUUGCUCAACCCCACCCCCCGUAGCAUCCAGCUGCACUAGGACCAAGCCAUACUCCCAUUCGGUGCCAGUGCAGGAAUCGAUGACAAGUAAACUUAAGUCAGCCUCCAGCAAAUCCAGAGGGAUGGAGAAGAAGUUGAAGAAGAUGGAGCAGAACAAGACUGCUGCCACUCGUUACCGUCAGAAGAAGAGGGCAGAGCAAGAGAUUCUGAAUGUCGAGUACAGAGAGCUGGAGAAGAGGAACAGAGAGCUCAUUGAGAAGGCAGACUCCAUCAGCAAGGAGAUCCAGUACCUGAAAGAUCUCAUGGAGGAAGUGCAAGCUGCAAAAAGCAAGCGGAGCAAACCUAGGAGUGUGGCCUUUUAAAAAAAGGAUCAGCAUUCUGUAAGAGCAGUUGGCAUGUUUCACCCUAUCACUUUGGUGUAAGCUGGUUAGUUUCAACCCUAAAUGUCUGCAUUGGUGUCUAGUCUCAUUAUGUAUGCUUAUCUAAAUGUGGGGUUAAGCUGCAGGCUCACCAUAUUAACUUAAUUUAAAAUAAUACAUUAGCCUGUUUCAUAUCACUUUACUUGUCAGUAUCUGAUUUCACUUCUGUUUGACCAUAAGUCCAGUAUGGGGUCAUUUCAUUUUCCAUUAUUCAUUGUACAUAGUCUCUUGCUUGUGAUUAAUACCGAAACAUCUUGCAUCUGUAGUGCAAAUUGUGCUGCUGCUUGUAAAAAUGCUUUGUU